AUGGGCUGUCCUACAAAAUCCUCAACUCUUAAGCUCAUUGUUCCUGCGGCCAUUCUUCUUCUCGUAGCAAUCCUCUUCUCUUUUUAUUAUGGAAGCCCAAAACAUUCAUCGUCCGACACAGGAUUUCGUGACGACAAACAAGUGAUCCCAAUCGUCGGCGCGGUCGGACCGGAGAGCUUCGCGUUCGACCCCAACGGCGGCGGCCCUUAUACUGGCGUGUCCGACGGCCGGAUAAUCAAGUGGCACCGGAACGAAAGCCGGUGGGUUGAUUUCGCCAUCACGUCGCCGGAGAGAAAUGGGUGUGGAGGUGCAGGAGAUGAUAGUGCGAGGGAGCACGUAUGUGGGCGGCCAUUGGGUCUCCAUUUUGACAAAAAGAAUGGACAUCUUAUGGUUGCCGAUGCCUAUAUGGGCCUUCUUGCCGUGACACCAAACGGCGGCAUUGCAACUCCGGUGGCUAAACAGGCCGAAGGAGUCCCCUUUGGAUUCACCAACUCUCUGGACAUUGAUCAGGCAACUGGAGUCGUCUUUUUCACUGAUAGCAGCACCAAAUACCAAAGAAGGAAUUAUAUUUCUGCGAUAGUUAGCGGUGACGACACGGGGAGGCUAAUGAAAUACGAUCCUGAAACCAACCAAAUCUCCGUCAUUCUCCGCAACCUCAAGUUCCCCAACGGCGUCUCCCUAAGCAAAGACGGCGACUUCCUCGUCGUCGCAGAAACCACGACAUGCAGGAUACUGAAGCUGUGGCUCAAAGCUCCAAAAACAGGGGAAGUGGAAACCAUAGCCCAACUCCCAGGAUUCCCAGACAACAUUAAAAGGAACCACAGAGGCGAGUUCUGGGUGGGAGUUCAUUCCAGGAGGAAAACAUUCAUGAAAUGGGCACUGUCGAAAUCUUGGGUUGGGAAUGCUUUGGUCAAACUCCCCUUUGAUCUUACCAAGGCUUAUUCGUAUGUGGGCAGUGUUGUUGGUGGAUAUGGGUUUGGAGUGAGGAUGAAUGGGAAUGGAGAUGUUUUGGAGGUUUUGGAAGGUGUUAAUGGGAGGAGAUGGAAGUAUGUUAGUGAGAUUAUUGAGGAAGAAGAUGGGAAUUUGUGGAUUGGAUCUGUGAAAAUGCCAUUUGCAGUUAAAGAAAAUAUAUCAACAUAGGCGUCACAUUAUAUGACUUACUUUUAGUCAUAAACUUUUAAAUUGAACAUUAGUGAUUCUUCAAUUUUAACACUUACCCAUGGUCCUUCAAUUAUCACAAUACUCAAAUGGUAUUAAAAUUUAAAAGUCGAAGGACCAUGCUUAUAAGUGAUCAAUUUGAUAGUUUAGAAGUAAACGUGACAAAAUUAUUGGAGGACCUCAUAUGACAUUAACUUGACAUUAUAUUAUUAUUAAUCUUUAAUUUA